GAAUUUUCUGUCCAGGAGGUGGCAACUGGCAGUUGGCAAUUGGCAAUUUGGUUCAAUCUGAUUCAUUUUCAAUGCAAUUCCAAACUCUUUUAAACGACAAACCAAGAAUCAAUAACCAAUACCCAAUACUUUGUUGUCCACUCGAGACUUCCAAAGCGUUGUGAAUAACUUCAUUGGUUUUUCUUUGAGGAGAAUUUCCAUCGCUUCUCUCUUUAUCACAUCCUUCUGCUUCUCUGGCUGCUCGAGGCGGCAUUUUGAUCGCACUAUCACGAUACGGCCUGGUGAGAGAGAUCGACUGACAACUGAUUGACCUUUGGAUUCGAUAAGUUCCAUGCCUUCCGGACAUCUCGGCCAAGAUUAAGCUCAAUUCGAAGCCAUUUUCAACAAUCGCCCUCCACUCUACAUCCAUUCCCUCGUCGUGCCCGCAUAGUCCAUUGGAGCUGCAGACGACAGCCUAUCGGGGUAUAUAUCACCCAUCCAAUCUUGCCAAUUGAAUCCUGGUGUUUCCUUCAUUGGAUGGUGUUUGUUGCUUAUCUAGCAACCCCUCCAUCGUCUUCACAUCGUCUCGGUCACUUUUUUUUAAUCGACCUCCGUUUCGUGAAAGGUAAUUCACAAUGGCGCCGACUGGGAAAGGAAGAGGAAGAGGAAGACCAAGAAAAGCCGCGGACUCGGGAAAUACAGGUAGCGUUAGAAGCAGUCGGACGAGUUCUCGAUUAUCUGGCGUUAAACAACAAGAUUCCAAUCUUGAGCUUGAUGAACUUUCCUCUCCUGCACCUCAACCAGAAACCGAUUCACGAAACUCCAUGGUCAUUGCCGAUAGUGAUGAUGACGGUUCUUUGUCAGAUCUUCCAUCCCCUUCCUUAAUUGGCGAAUAUUUGAGUGCAACCAAGACACAGCAGAAAGGAAAGGGAAAGCCUGUGGACUCUCGCCAAUCUCUAUCCACAGUUUCAACCAGUAACGACUACAAUGAUGGAAGCGACUAUUCUACUCCAGAGACAAGUGGUGUUGCGACUCCCGCUUCUACAAAAGCGCCUGUCCAGCCUUCAAAUACAGCUUCGUCUACACGAAGAGGCCGGUCUCAAACCAUAAAUCCAGUUCAAAGCACCUCCUCCUUGAAAGCAAUCGAUCGAGCUCGAGCACUUCAGAACAGCAUGUACUCUCUCAAUCCCAAGAAAAGGAAGUACGCCGACUCUGAGGAUGACGAAAUUGACGAUGACAAUACACCAGAUGCUCAGCUUGCUCGCCAUCUUCAAGAACAAGAAUACAAGAAAUCAAGCGCACCAGUGGUAGCCGAAUCUUCAACUUCCUUACGAAGAACUCCACGCAAUGUCCAACCGAUCAACCUGGCUUUUGAUGCAGAUUUCAGUGAGGACGAUGAUGAUGAUGAAUUUGUGAAUCCUAGGGUUUCACGUGUAUCUAAGAAGGCGAAAGUUGAACCCAAAGUUGAACUCUCGAGAACUUCUAAUGCUGUCAGCUUUCGAACUCCAAAUCGGGGAAAGAGUACGAGAUAUAACGACUCAAAUGAUGAUGAUGAAUUUAUGGUCAUUGAUUCGGAUUCGGAUGUGCCCAUGAAUUUAUCUUCUGCUUCACGAAGUUCAAUUAAGAAAGAGUCGAGCAGAUUUUCAAAGGCUAUUCACAAACAUUCUGAAAGUUUCCAAAAUAGUCUCAAGUCAUCGUCAACACGUAAAAACACGAUCAAACAACAAAUUCAACCUCCUAUCCCCCAACUCAAGACCGAGGACACCAUUGAAUCCGAUGCCAGUUCUACUCUCACAGAUCUUCCUUCUCCAAUAUCAGAUUCCGAAUCAUUCGACACAGAUGAUGAUUCUAUGGUUGGUACUGAUACCUCUGAUGAUGAUGGUCCGAUUGCCGCUGGCAUCCAGCCUGCAGCUUCCCGUGGGUUUGAUGCGCGCCACGCUCGCCACCUUAUUAAUAGUUUAGAAGACAGAAGUACUAGACGGAGUCGUAAGGAACGUCAGCGUCUGGAGCUACAACAUCCUGAACUACUCACAAUGUGGAAAGACUUGGAAGAUUUACCUAAGAUUGGAGAUUGCAAAAUUGAACAACCAACAAACAUCAAUCGUGAGCUCAAACCUUUCCAACUUCAAGGAGUUGGAUGGAUGAGAGCAAUGGAAAAGACGGCUUGGGGUGGAGGAUUAUUAGGAGAUGAGAUGGGCAUGGGAAAGACAAUUCAAGCUGUGUCUUUGAUCAUGUCCGAUUUUCCUGCCAAGCAGCCUUCACUCGUAUUGAUUCCACCCGUUGCGCUCAUGCAAUGGCAACAAGAGAUUGCCGAUUAUACGGAUGGUACUUUGAAAACUUUUGUCUUUCAUGGCAGCAAUACCAAAUCAAAGGGCAUCACUGUUCAGCAAUUGAAAAAGUAUGAUGUUAUUCUUAUGUCAUACAACAGUCUGGAGUCUAUGUAUCGAAAACAAGAGAAGGGUUUUAAGCGCAAGGAUGGAAUUUUUAAAGAGAAGAGUCCAAUUCAUGAGAUCAUGUUUCAUCGUGUCAUUCUUGACGAAGCACACAGUAUUAAGCAACGUACUUCUGGUUCUGCCAAAGCAUGCUUUGCUCUCAAGGCAAAUCAUAAAUGGUGCUUGUCUGGAACACCUUUGCAAAAUCGAAUCGGUGAAUUCUUCUCCCUCGUUCGGUUCCUUGAUAUUCGACCCUUCGCUUGUUAUUUUUGUAAACAGUGCCCUUGUUCGACUCUCGAAUGGAAUAUGAAUAGUGCAAAUCGCUGUACUGGUUGCAAUCAUAGUGGUAUGCAACAUGUCUCUGUCUUCAACCAAGAAUUACUUAACCCCAUUCAAAAAUUCGGUAACAAUGGUCCUGGAAAAGAAGCGUUUCGAAAACUUCGCAUCUUGACUGAUAGAUUUAUGCUUCGUCGUGUCAAGCGGGAUCAUUCAUCUGCAAUGGAGCUUCCUGCAAAGGAAAUCUAUGUCGAUAGACAAUUCUUCGGUGAAGAAGAGAAUGAUUUUGCUGGCAGUAUCAUGAAUAAUGGUGCUCGGAAGUUUGAAACAUAUGUUGCUCAAGGUGUCCUGCUUAACAACUACGCCAAUAUUUUUGGUUUGAUCAUGCAGAUGCGUCAAGUUGCUGACCAUCCUGAUUUGAUUUUGAAGAAGAAUGGUGAAGGUGGCCAAAAUAUUCUUGUUUGUUGUAUUUGUGAUGAGACCGCGGAGGAGGCUAUUAAAUCUGCUUGUCGUCAUGACUUUUGUCGAGAAUGUGCCAAGAACUACUUGAGGUCUUCUGAAUCUCCUGAUUGUCCUCAAUGUCAUAUUCCGUUGGCUAUCGAUCUUGAACAACCAGAAAUCGAACAAGAUGAAGUACAAGUCAAGAAAUCCUCUAUCAUCAAUCGAAUCAAGAUGGAAAAUUGGACAUCAUCAUCGAAGAUUGAAGCUCUCGUCCAUGACCUUUAUCAACUCCGAUCCAAAAACUCAUCAAGCAAAUCCAUUAUCUUCUCUCAAUUUACUACCAUGCUUCAACUUGUCGAAUGGCGUCUUCGUCGUGCAGGUAUCACAACUGUCAUGCUCGACGGUUCUAUGACACCUGCUCAACGACAAGCUUCCAUAAAUCACUUCAUGACCGACGUCAACGUUGAAUGUUUCCUCGUUUCCCUCAAAGCCGGUGGUGUUGCGUUGAAUCUUACUGAAGCCAACAAAGUCUUCAUCGUCGACCCGUGGUGGAAUCCAGCUGCGGAGUGGCAAAGUGCGGAUAGAUGUCAUCGAAUUGGACAAGCUAGGCCAUGCAGUAUCACUAGAUUAUGUAUCGAAGAUAGUGUGGAGAGUAGGAUGGUCUUGCUGCAAGAGAAGAAGGCAAAUAUGAUUCAUAGUACUAUUAAUGCUGAUGAGAGUGCAAUGGAGAAUUUAACGCCAGAGGACAUGCAAUUUUUGUUCAGAGGAACUUAGAAGAGUUAAUGUGGGGUUGGAUGGACAGGGACGGGAUGAGCAAGGUUCCUUUCUUUUUCAGUGCGAGAAAUCCUUGUGGGUUUCGGCUAGAACUAAGUUUCUUGCUUAAUGAUUAAAUGUUGUAUAUUACAAAUCUUCUUUACAUCAGCGUUUUUGGCGUAAAGGAGAAUAAAUUUUCUAAUUGCUUAGACGGCUUAGCGAAAAUCAGGCGAUAUUUUGAAAAGGGUCAGUAGAUGAAUGACCUGGGGGACACGAGGAUUCUUGCUUUCUUUACUGGCUUGCCUGUGGCGGUAGUAAAAGAACUAGGAAAAUCUAGUUGUUGUAGAGAUUGAUUAAUAAUUGAAAAUGUUUUGAGUA